AUGCAAAUCGUGUAGUACUUGGGUUUGUUUAAUUGACAACUUAAAUGGGAAAUGGAGCAAGAGUGGAGGGGGGCCGCUUUCAAUUCUUUAGUUGAGAUAUUUGUUAGCACGUCAUCUCAUCAUCAUCAUCAUCAUCUUCUUCUCCUUCUUCUCCUCCAUUAUUGCACCUUCAUGAUAUACCUCAACAUGAUCUCACUUUGAUAAUUAAUUCACACCCAAAUAAACAAAUAUGCCUAUCAAUCUCCUCCUCCUCCUCUUCUUCUCCAUUAUAACCCAUGCAUCAACAAAAAACCCUUAAUUCUCAUCACCUCUCAACAACCAUGGAUACAAGACACACCACCCAAAAAGAACAAAAGUCUAAGAAAAGCAUAAGGAAAGUGAUACAAAAAAGAGUAGUUUCGGUGCCAAUAUCGGAAGGGGAUGGCAUAAGGUCAAGAAUCGGUGGAGAUGGAGCUCCUUCAUUUGAUACAUGGGCAUGGAGAAAGUACGGGCAAAAACCGAUAAAAGGAUCACCAUAUCCAAGAGGAUAUUACCGGUGUAGUAGCUCGAAAGGUUGUCCAGCGAGGAAGCAAGUUGAAAGAAGCCGUGUUGAUCCUUCUAUGCUUGUUGUCACUUACUCGGCCGAGCAUAACCAUCCUUGGCCAUUGCCUAAGCACCAACAUCAACAUGAUCAUAGGAAACAAGAGCAAAAAACAAACAAACAGUUUCCUCCUCUAAUGCCUAAAGUGGAGGAGGAGGUGAAGAAGGCUGAAGAAAUAGUAGAUCAAGAAGAAGAUAAGCUUGUGGAGCUGAUUGAAGGUGAGAGUUCUUUGUGGUUGCCGGAGAUGUUAACAUCGCAUGCCGGAGUUUAUGAUCCGGUGUGUAGCAUUGCCACCGACAUGGCCGGGUUGUCACCGGAGGAGUGGGAGAGGUUUGGAGGUGGUGCAAGUAAAGGAGGAUCCUUGGAAGAAGAAGAGGAGUUGAUGUAUGCUGACUUGGGUGAACUGCCUGAAUGUUCCAUGGUUUUCAGUAGGAGUAGCUUCUUAGAAUGCACUGGUUAAUUAUUAUUAUUAGAUAAUGAUAUCAUCUCAUGAAAUAAAAAUGUAGAUUAAUAAUUUCAUGCAACGCAUUGGAAUAUGCAUGCAACUUCAAGUGAUUCUUCUUGAGUUAUAAUACAACUAUAUACAUAUAUAAAGAGAGAUGUAGUAAGGGGGAGGUUUGAGGUACCUUUUGAGUUACUUGAAGUUGCUUGCCAUUUCUUCUUUUGGUUUUGGUUUUGUUGAUGAUAUUAAGAAGAGGUAUUUGCAUGUGUU